GACCGCUAUUUGAUGCCGCGAAAGUGGCACUGUCGCGUGCUCGUCAACCUCUCGUGUUUGAAUACUGUACCUCUGAGUAGGCAUUUUGAAAGAGCUGGGGCCCACAGCGGUGUGGGGUACCCCGGUCCACGGGCUUGGGAUCUGCAGCAGGGAUGCUACUGCCUGACCAAAAAUUUCCAGAGCUUCGAUCUAUUCCAAAACCGCUUGUGCCGUCUCUUACUUUCGCACCCACGAUUCCUGGCCCACAUUGUCAAUCAUGUUUGGCAAGGCAUUGUCAGAAACCGUGUGCCCGCUCUGUCGGUUUGCGCUUGAUUCGAGGAGGCCAGCGAUACGAAAUGCAAUCCCUCAGCCAUGGGCUAGCUACCGUUUCGCGUCGAGCUUCCGACAAAAGCGCUCCACGCCCUCUCGCAUGGUACUAUCCGACAGCGUUGCGCGCAGGCGAGACGACGACGGCAGCAAGAAGCCUCGACGGAGAACAGUCGACGGCCCUUUCUCGGGUAUGAACAGAACCGUUGCAAAUAUCGAUCCCAUGCGACGGAUUGCGCAGGCGCGGACGCGAGACAAGGACGAGAAAUCAGGCAAAGAACGCGAUGGCAAAGACGGGAAGCCCAGGUUUAAGGCCCUGCGGAUGCAAAGGGCCCUGACAUCCUUCAGCUACGGGCAGAGGAUGAAUCUUAAGGACCGCAUGAAAGAGGUGGAAAGCUUCGACCAGUUUGAUCUGCUGCCGGCGAUCAAGGAGGGUGUCUUGAAGGACAUGUUCAAGGACAAGGCCGAGAUCCAGCCGACGCCGGUCCAGAGGCUUGCGAUACCUGCUCUUCUGGGCCAGCAGAUCGGCACACCCAGGCGCACGAAAACAAAACCUGUUCCCAGCGAAGCAAGGCAGGAAUUCUUGCUUGCAGCCGAGACGGGGUCUGGCAAGACGCUGGCUUAUCUUCUCCCCUCAGUCAACGCGAUGAAGACGGCGGAGGCACAAGAUCAGGACAUCGCGGCGUACAACAAGCGCAUAGAGGAGGAAAAGGCGCUGCGGGAUGAUCCGGCGUACAAGGGCAAGUCCUUGUUAGAGCCGCACCCAACCACAGCGCGGCCGCGCGUGGUCAUAUUGGUACCGACCGCAGAGCUCGUCGACCAGGUGGGUGCGGUGGCCAAGAAGCUUUCACACUCGGUCAAAUUCAAGGUGGAGAAGAUUUCUGCCAACUUCGACGCGAAGGUAAUUGAGCGUCGGAUAUACCGGCACGAAGGGUUGGACGUCGUGGUCGCCACACCUCAUCUGCUGGCGUCUAUUGCAGAGUCCGACCCCAACGUCUUGUCGCGGGUGUCGCACCUGGUCAUCGACGAGGCCGACUCGCUGCUCGACCGCAGCUUCAGCUCCGUGACGACCAGCAUCAUGGACCGGGCCAUGCCCUCGCUCAAGCAGCUGAUCAUGUGCUCGGCCACCAUCCCCAAGCGGCUGGACAGCUACCUGUCCACCAAGUUCCCCAAGAUGACCCGCAUCGCGACGCCGAACCUGCACGCCAUCCCCCGGCGGGUGCAGCUGGGCGUGAUCGACGCGAGCAAGGACCCCUACCGCAACAACAAGAACCUGGCGUGCGCGGACGCGAUCUGGUCGAUCGGCAAGGGCGCCUCGAUGCACGAGGGUGCGGUCCCCGGCGAGGUCGACGUCAAGCGCAUCAUGGUCUUUGUCAACGAGCGGGAGAAGACGCAGGAGGUAGCCGACUUCCUCGUAUCCAAGGGCGUUGACGCCGUCGCCCUGCACCGCGAUACGCCCGAGCAGCGGCAGAGCGAGAUGCUGGCCACGUUCACGUCGCCGGUGCCCGUCCGGAGGCUGAUGGACGACGUCGAGAAGAGCAGCCCAGUCAAGGGGAAGAGGCACCUGGCCAACACAAAGGUCAUCGUGGCGACGGACCUGGCGUCCAGGGGCAUCGACACCCUCGGUGUGAGGCACGUGGUCCUCUACGACGUGCCCCACACGACCAUCGACUUUAUCCACCGGCUUGGUAGAGUGGGCAGGAAGGGUACGCGCGGUGGCAGGGGCAUCGUCAUCGUGGGGAAGGAUGAUAGGAGGGAUGUGGUUGCGGAGGUCAAGGAGAGCAUGUUCAUGGGCCAGGCGUUGGUGUAGACAUAAUUGCCGCGAGGAUAUACAACAGGAUGGACAUAUGGGGCAGCGUUGCAUAGGCGUCGGCGGCGUUGACUUGUCCCAGGCUUUGCGUAUCUCAUCUCCAGGCUAUCGGAAAACACAGGUGUCUUUCUCUCUUUGGGACUCGAUCUCACCGUUCAGCUGGUAAUUCCGCAAUCGUGAAAAUAGGCGUCUCGGCACCGACAGUUUGGGCACGUCGGGGGUUGGGACCGGACUUGACAACCAACCUUGGAAUAGACGGGGCACAAAAAUGCGGAUCGAAUCGCUCCUGUGUUAUGAGCCAAAUGGUGAGAAAUACAUGUCUAUGUCUAGCAGAUAUAUAGAAUGGGAUUAUCUCGCCUA